AUGGGGCUGGCGCUCCUGAGGACCGCGCUGUUGGUGGGCAGCGCUCUCUUGUGCUCUGAGCACCGCUCGCUGUCCAGGAGGAGCGGGCAGGCCGGGCCCCGGGCCGAGGCGGCGCGCGGGCGGCAGGAGGAGCGGGCCACUGAGGAAGGGCAGGCCUCAAAGGGCAGUAUGCGGUGCGCGCCCGUGCCUUCUCUCAGGGCGGCGACGCGGCCCGUCCCCGGCCACCCCGGCGUCGUCGUUAGGGCGCUGGUAGAAACACUAGUCAAAAUGGCAGACGUCUAUUGUGGAAUAGCACCACUUAGGGAUGUAUUGAAAGGGUCUCGGAUUGUAGGGGGCACAGAAGCUCAAGUCGGCGCUUGGCCAUGGAUAGUUAGCCUGCAGAUUCGAAGUGGCAGUCUUCUUGUUCAUAUCUGUGGGGGAAGCCUAGUGAGAGACAGGUGGGUCCUCACAGCUGCUCACUGCAUUAAAGAUGCUAGAAAUCCUUUAAAGUGGAGAGCUGUGAUUGGAACUAAUAUUAUAAAUGGAAGCUAUGCACAUACCAAGAAGAUAAAAAUUACAGCAAUCAUUAUGCAUCCAAACUUCAUUAUGGAAACUUUUGUAAAUGAUAUUGCACUUUUUUAUUUAAAAAAAGCCGUAAGGUAUAAUGACUAUAUUCAGCCUAUUUGUCUACCUUUCGACGUUUUCCAAAAACUGGACCAAAACACAAAGUGUUUUGUGAGUGGCUGGGGAAGAACAAAAGAAGAAGGUGGUGGUACAAGUAUCUUACAGGAAGCAGAAGUACGUUAUAUUUCUCGAAAAUUUUGUAAUUCUGAGAGUAGUUAUGCAGGAGUAAUUCCUAAUACUUCAUUUUGUGCAGGUGAUGAAGAUGGAGCAUUUGAUACUUGCAGGGGUGAUAGUGGUGGACCAUUAAUGUGCUACUUACCUGAAUAUAAAAGAUUUUUUUUAAUGGGAAUUACCAGUUACGGACAUGGCUGUGGUCGAAGACAUUUUCCUGGUAUCUAUAGUGGGCCAUCCUUCUUCCAAAAGUGGCUGACAGAUCAUUUCUCCCAGGCAAGCGCUACAAGCACAUUUGAUACAGAUAUUAUACUUGGACAGAUCCUCAUAGCUUUAGGUUCUAUCAUCUUACUAGCAACAACAUAA